AGUACAAACCAUUUAUAUGUUGCGCCCGAGAAAUCAAAUCUUGGGUGAACUGAACGUUGAUUUUCCUCCUCCAAUCUCGCCCCUUUGAUCUCUAACAAUGCCUCUCAUUUUCCUUCCACCCUCCUCCCCUAAUGUUCGCUCUCUGCAAGUGGGGCGGCCACUCUCUCCAGUGAAGCUUGAUCGAGAAAUUCUGUGCCCAUGUCACUCUACAACUUUGCUUAGAAUUUGAGGGAAAAGAAAAAUAAUAAACAAGCCUUCAAGGUUGAUUGUAAUUAUGGUUCCCAAAAACUUUCUCACGCUUAAGGCUCAUUUUGAUUUGGCUACACAGCGUUUUAUGAAUGAUUCUGCGUUCGGGAACACGAUUCGGGUUAUGGGUUCUGUAUGGUUUUUUGUCUGCAACUACUUGCUCUCUGUUUUUGGAUUACUUCUCAGAUUCAUAUUCAGAUCUCCGGCAAUUGAUUCGGAAAACUUUCAACAGGAUGAUCAAAAUAGUUCAAGUGAUUCUCAUAUUGAUGGAUUCAAAAAAGAAGAGACAUGUCUUAGCUUACAGAUAAGUGAAAGUGGCAAUAAAAGUAGUGGAGAAAGAGAAAAUUCCAACUCUGUCUGCGCUAGUAAGUAUGUGUUCAUGUCUGGGAAAGGUGUCAGUGGAUUCUUGGAAGAACCAAAAACCAUGAGCUUCAGCUUCCAAGAACUGUAUGCGGCUUCCACUGAGUAUAACGCUUGCACCGACAGAGAUUUCCAAAAGCUCAAUUCAGAAGAAGAGGCCGUUUAUGGAGAAAAAGCAGAGAACUCUGUUGAAAACUUUAGUUCUGGAAAGGCUGCAGAGAAAGCAGAAGAGGAAACAUUCACUGAAAAAAGUGUCUCCGGGAGGGGAGAGAGGGAUUGUACAGAAAGAAAUGUUCUCAAGGAUGAUUCUGGAGAUGAAGUUGAAUCGGUUUGCGAUGAUUGCUCUGUACGACUUGGGUCGGAACCGGAGUCGAUUGGCUCAAGUGGGUUGUCAAUUAGCAAUCCCAUGAUUGACCAUGCGGUUUUGGGUGAUAAAAACGUGGGUGAUGGAUUGGAAACUGAAGCCCUUUUGGCCAAUGAUGGCGAAAAAGUAAUAGAUGUUCAAGAAAUUUCAACUUGUGACAAUAUCGAGGAAGUUUCCAGCAGUAAAACUAGACUUGCAGGGAGCGAAGAAAUAGGUGCCAUUGAUUCAUCACAAGAUUCUGAUGAAGAAUAUAUAGAAUUAGAAUCCCAUCUACAGAAUUUAAUCGGCUUGGAAGAGAGAUCUUUGUUUGGGGGAGAAUCUGGAAAGGUUGAGAACAAAAAUGAAGAGGGAGGUUUAGUCCAAGAAGAGUCAGAACCCGAAAAUAUUUUGGAGAAAUCUGAAGGAACUAACUUUCGGGAGGAACCAUCCGAAUCAAGUCUUGACUACCAAAACGACUCGGGUUUCCUAUGGGAGGAGGACGAGGAUGUACUAGAGCUGCUGAAGAUGGAACUGAGGAAUAAGAGAACUGGAGGACUUCAUACUAUUUUAGAAGAAGAAGAAGAAGAGGAGCCAGAGUCUGCAACCAAGGUUGAAGGUCUAAAGCCACUGAAGAUUCAUGAAAAGAUCGAGUUCAAAGAUCGAAUGGAAGAGAUCCAAAAGGUUUACAAGAGCUACUCUGACAAAAUUCGAAAACUGGAUAUGUUGAAUAGCCAGACCAUGCAUGCAAUUGGAUUUCUCCAGCUGAAAGAACCAGUUAAGCCAAUUUCAAUGCAAAAAUCUGGAGCUUCAGUUGCUAAAUCUCUUCCUUACAACAUGAUAUGGCCGCGCAAAGCGCGAAGAGUCAAUGCUGACCCGAUGCACAAAGUGAAUGAAGAAUUGCAAAGGGACUUGGAAUUGGUUUAUGUAGGACAGGUUUGCCUUUCAUGGGAAAUCCUCCAUUGGCAGCAUGGGAAAGCCCAAGAACUGCAGGAAUACGAUUCCCAAGGUCUUCAUCGGUAUAAUCAAGUUGCAGGAGACUUUCAAUUGUUUCAAGUACUCUUGCAAAGGUUUAUAGAGAACGAGCCAUUUCAAGGCCCAAGAGUGCACAACUAUGUCAGCAAUCGAUGCGUGCUUCGAAACCUUCUUCAAGUGCCAGUCAUUAGAGAUGAUUGCGUGAAGCAUCGGAGGGUAACGAGGGAGGAGGAGGAGGAGGAUGCAAUUUCAAGUGGCAUGAUAGCAGAAAUCAUCGAGGAAUCAAGGCGGAUGUUUUGGCAGUUUCUUCGUGCAGAUAAAGAUGCAGGGAAUAUGGUUCCAAAUGGUCCCCAGAAAAAUCAUGUCACUCUUCAAAAUGAUGCGGACUCGGCAUUCCUGAUGCACAUUCGAGCUGAUCUUCAGAAGAAGGAGAGAAAGCUCAAAGACAUACAGAAAAGCGGGAAUUGCAUAGUAAAGAGGUUCCAAAAGCAUCACAACGAGAAGUUGGAUCAUUCACUAUUGGUUGCACAGGUUGAACUGAGGUUGGUUUCAAGAGUUCUGAAUAUGUCAAGAUUAACAAGGAACCAAUUAGUGUGGUGUCGUGAAAAACUAGACCAAAUUAACAUUGUUAACAGAAAGAUUCACGUGGAACCCUCAUUUUUGCUAUUUCCAUGUUGACAUAGCAUGCUCUGCCACGACAUUAACUUGUUUUGAGCGGUGUGGCCUGUGCAGAUGCAACUUGGCCAUGGAUUUGUACAACAGAUAAAGCAAGUAGCGUUGGGUUAAUGCAAAAGAUAUAUAAUGUAAACA